CGUAGUCUACAGAUGGCGGUGCAGGAGAUGCGGAUUCCUUAGUUUUACGCGAUUCGUCAUCGCUUCAGAUAUUUUACUGCGAAGUUUGUGCUUCGUCACGGUGGAAAUAGGAAAGACGACAUCGCAAAUCGGCAUUUAUUGCGCAUUAUUUUGCAUUUGGAGAAUAGUGCUAUCUCCUUUGUUUUGUGUGCUGUUGUGUGUGCUCCAUCAUGGCUGUAGUCAUCCGAUUACAGGGACUCAGAAUCACGGCUGGUUCUGAGGACAUUCGCAAUUUCUUCACUGGGCUCAAAAUUCUUGAUGGUGGGGUUCAUAUAAUUGGCGGGGAGCUUGAGGAAGCUUUUAUAAUAUUUGCAUCAGAUGAAGAUGCAAGACGAGCGAUGACACGCUCGGGUGGCUGCAUUAAGGGAUCUCCUGUCAACUUGCUUCUGAGUAGCAAGUCAGAAAUGCAGAGUGUUCUUGAGGAGAGCACUAGGAGGUCUGAGUUAAAAAGCAGGGGAAUGUACAAGGAGUGUGUCAAAAGACCUUCUGUGGAACAAGGUCCUUCACCGAGAGCAGAUGUGCGAAGGGCAGAUAAUCCAGAAAUUAGGAACAGACCAUCGCCAUCUUCAUUCAGUGAGACACGAAAUCAGAGGGAAGGGGCUGCUUUAAAGAGAGAUGACAUUUAUCUAAAAUUGACUGGGAUGCCGUUCUCCGCAACAAAGGAAAACGUUCGUAACUUUUUUGAUGGGUUACAAAUUGAAGACAUGCUCUUUUUGAGGAACCAGCGUGGAACAUUUAAUGGACAUGCUAUUGUAAAAUUUGCUACCACAGAGGAUGCCAUUGAAGGUCUGAAGAGGGAUCGUCAGUACAUUGGACCACGGUAUGUACAAAUAACAAGAUGCACAGAGGAGCAAUGGCUGAAAGAAGGGGGUGUUGUUAGAACAGACAAUCGGAAAAGACAGUCUUUAGACCGUGCAAGAUCUCGAUCUCCUGUUUCCAUUAAGACACGGUCCCCGUCCCAUGAAGAAUACUGUGUCUUGUUUGAAAACUUGGCUCAUGCGAUUGAAAAGAGUGAUUUGAGGGCAUUACUUCAUCCGGUUCCUUUGAAGGAUGACCAAAUUAUUAUCUUUGUCCAAAAGAAGGACGAUAGAACCAAAUCGGCUGUUGUGGUGUUUAGAAAUCUUACAGACUAUUGUGCUGGCUUGGCUCAUCAUAAGGAAACAUUGCUGCACAAGGUUGUGUAUGUGUCACCUCUCUCCAAGGAGAAAAUGGUUGCCAUGUUAGAAUUGUCUGUCGAUGAGAGAGAUGACAACAGAGGCUCAAGACGAUCAGUUGAAAUGUCCCAGUUGCAAAGAAGCGUUCCCGACUCCGAGAUGAGGUGCGUUUACGUACGCAAUCUGCCCUUUGAUGUUCGGAAAGUGGAGAUCACGGACUUCUUCCAUGGAUUUCAACUGUCUGAGGAUAGGGUGAUCUUAUUGCGUGAUGAAAGAGGAGCUGGGCUUGGUGAGGCUUUGGUGAUCUUCCAGUCAGAGAAGGAGGCCGUAAUGGCACAGUCCCUUAACGGACAAAGGUUUCUAGGAUCAGAAGUCAUGCUGAAGUGCAUAACAUUGGCCCAGAUGCAGGAUUUUGGUGUGAAUGAUCAGUCAAUGAUGAGCCCACCAGAAAGGAACAAUCAGAGAGCCAGAGAAGUUUACAACGAUGGUCCUCAUUUUUCUAAUACCCAGAUGCGGCCUGAUGAUUUUGAUAUGCAGCCCGAGUUGAAUCGUGGUUAUGGAGGUCGUGAUGGCUUUGAUCCUAAUUUUGCAUUUAGACCAGGAUCAGAUGAUAAUGGGCGCCAUGGUUAUCGAUCUCCUGGCCAACAAUUUGAUGGUCCAACUUGCAUUAAAUUGCUCAAUCUACCCUCACAGAUAAGGAUUGAUGAGAUUUAUGACUUCUGCUAUGGAUACAGAGUGAUUCCAGGAUCAGCCUCAUUGCAGUAUGAUAGAAAUGGAGAUUCCAGACGUUCUGCAACGGUACUGUUUGAAAACCACAAAGAGGCGCUCACUGCACUUCAAGAAUUAAAUGGAAGACCAAUUGGCACCAGGAAAAUUCAGAUGGUGUUUAUGUAGAUAUGCACUCAGUUAUAGCAUCAAAGGAAGUGGUGUGAUGCAUUCUUGUUGUCUCAAGUCAAAAAUAAUGACAAGAGUUACAUGUGCUUUAAAUCGUUUUUUUUUUUUUUUUUUUUUUUUUUUUGGCAUUUUCACUAAUGUAAUAAGGCCGAUGAUGUUUUAUAAUUUUUUGUUUGCCUUUAUGGAUUUGCAGAUGAAUACUGCUUUAAUUUAGAUUCAUACCUUUUGUACCCUAUUGUGACUGCUAAUUAUAAAUUCUGCUGUUGCCUUGGAGUAUGUCAAUGACAGUAUCUAAACUCAGUCUGUUUAAUUUGUGCUGUUUUUUUUUUUUUUUUAAGUAACAAAUACUAUUUUGUUUCAUUUUGAGUUUUCACUGUACGUAUAUAUAUAUAUAUAUAUAUAUAUAUAUAUAUAUAUAUAUAUUUUUUUUUUUCAGUCAUUUUUAGCCAUCUGGGGAAAAAACAGAUUUUAAAAUAAUCUUUUUUGUGAAAUUGUUAAUUUUCUGAGAGAAAUGGUCAAUUAAUGGUUCGAUUAAAGGCAACAGCUUGUUAUUAUGACUAGGGCUGCAACUAACGAUUAUUUUGAUAAUCGACUAAUCUAAUGAUUAUUAGAACGAUUAUUCGACUAUUCGGGCGAUUAUUGCAACGAUGAAUCAUUAGCUCUUAACCGAGUAUUCAGCUUGUGCUUCAACUUAAACGGUUGUAUUAAAUGUGCUUAAUAACAAUAAAGAGGACACAAUGAUCUUAAGGUAAAAAUACCUCCUAAAUGUUAUUUAAUGAAUUACAAGGGGAAAAAAAUACUUGGAUUUUUAUAGUUUAAUUCAUUAAAUAGUUCACUGCAAAAAAUCUUAUUAUUAUUAAGUGUUUUUGUCUUGUUUUCCAUUUAAAAUGAUCUAAAAAUCCUUAAAAGAAUAUACAUUUACUUGAGAAGCAUAUUAAAUAUAAGUGUAAUUUCACUUGUUUAUACUUCAGCCAGUGCCAUAAAGACAAAAUAUACUUGUAUUCAAGAUACAUUCUCUGAAAACAAGUCUAAAUAUAGAACAUGUUGUGUUAAGGAUUUUUUGAUAUUUUAAAAUAUUUAAAUAUUUUAUUCAACAUUCACCAAUAAAACAUUUUCUUCUGCGGUAUAUCUCCUAAAAUAAAUGUACGUAAGGACAAAGACAAAUUGUAUAAUGGGCUAACACUACACUUUCACCUUUUUGUUCGCUUGAUUUCAAUUUAUCUUUAACUCCCAAAAAAAAAAACUCCCAAAAAAAAAAAAAGAAAAACUCUCUUAUUAGAGCUCGAAUUGCCGAUUUUCUUCACGAUAAGAUACACAACAUGACAUAUAUUAUGAUUCACUAUACCAUCACGUUAUAAUCUAGCUGCGGCAAGCACGCACGAGGGAUCUCUGCACGAGACAUGUAUCAGCCAGGAGAAGUUUGAAAUUCUCGUGCUGUUUUUCACUCGACUUUUACACUACCGUUCAAAAGUUUAGGGUCACUUAUUCUUUAUUUAUAUGUUUCACAUUUUAGAAUAAUAGUAAAGUCAUUAAAACUGUGGAAUAACAUAAAUGGAACUAUGGGAAUUAUGUUGUGACAAAAAAAAAAAAAAAUCCAAAAUAAAUCAAAACUGUGUUAUAUUUUAGCAUCUUCAAAGUAGUCACCCUUUGCCUAGAAUUUGCAGAAAUGUACUCCUGACAUUUUCUCAACCAACUUCUUGAGGUAUCACCCUGGGAUGCUUUUUCAACAGUAUUGAAGGAGUUCCCAUCUAUGUUGGGCACUUAUUGGCUGCUUUUCUUUAUUAUUCGGUCCAAGUCAUCCAUUUCAAAAACUUUUUUUUUUUUUUUUAAUAAAAUUUUAGUUUUGUAAUUAAAUUAAUAUGUUGGCACAAUUAUAUUUUUGUCUACAAAACUAAUUUCAAACAUUUAAGCAUACGCCUUCAGAUCAAAAGAUUUUUAAGAUCAUGAGAAACAUUUCAGUCAAGUGACCCCAAAUUUUUGAACGGUAGUGUAUAACUCUGACUGCACAGAUACCAGUUUCAGAGUUUGUGCUUGCUUAUACAACCCACUUCCUUAUUAUUUGAACUUUAAUAAAGGAUGCAUUAAACAUAUAA